AUGCCUUGUUGUAAAACCACUUGUACAUGGGCCCAGAACCUCAAGGUUGGUCCUGAAUAUCGACAGUAUACAGUACAGCUGGUUCGUGAAAUUGGUUGCGUUUGUGAAGGGUACCGUAUCUACGUUAAUGGACAUGAACUGGAGCAUCAUGGAUUGACUUACAAUCCAUGUAGCCCUCUUUGCUUUGGUGGCGGACAGUACGAGUGGGAACAAGAUGGUCAUUCAUUCAUUCUCGUUUUCAAUUCGUUGUCGUGGACGAACUACUUUGGAGGUUUUCGCCUAUUCAUAGAUGGCACAGAUGUGAAUACUGGGCGUGAAUUUUCGUCGUUUUGGCGGCGCCGUGGGUUGCAAGUUAUGUUCGCUGGCCUAGUGUUGCUGUUCUUGGGUACAACUUUAUCAUUGAUAUUUCAUUAUGCACUUUCUAGGCGAACGCAUUUAAUUGCUGUCGGCUAUGCUUUCUUUAUUACUGGUGUGGUUUAUAUUUUGCUCGGGCUCAUUCCAGUCUUUCGAUUCCGAAAACCACGGUAUGACAGGGCUGCCGCAGUGGAGUACACAGCUAACACAGUGUGA